AUGGCCGGCUCCAGCGAAGCCUCCUACUCCUUUGACUCAGUCGCGCGUCCGCGCCUGCAGACACGUCGCACUGGCGAAAGUCGUUAUGGGGACACCGACGCCUCUGGCACUGACGGCGACGGCGGGGAGGACUUGUUUCUGAACAUCGCGGAAGACAGUGCGAAGGAUCCCACUGCGAAUGUCGUAUCUCGGUCGGACAGAUUACGGUCCCGCAUAACCCGUAGCAACCGGCAAUCGUUACCCUCAUCUAUACCAUCAUCAUCUCCAGCGACGUCCGGUGCUACCAGACCGAAUGGUGCCAGAAUCCCCGCUGCAAUCGAUACUUCAGCAGGCACCCAGUACCGCCGCGCAUCGCUCCUUCCCUCUACGACAAGGUCCACGCGGGAACAGUCCCCACUGACACCUGCAAAUCCCGUCUUCACACCACGCACGCGCAUUCACGAGCUUUCGCCCAGGAACAGGCGUUCGAUUACGUCACUGGGACAAGAUCAGGACCAAGAAUCGCAACCUCACUCGGCGCGGGCAGAUGCGGGCUCCAGCUUUUCCCCAAAAGAGUUUUCGGCACAGGUGGAUGCGGUCAAGACACGGCAGCGAGACUCCACUUUGUCACCUAAAGAAUUUCUCGCACAGCUCGAAGCAGGCAAGCGCCGCCCUUCAUACCCGGAUACGCUUCAGACACCGCCGAACACUCGCAACGGGGCAUUCAAGCCCUCGAAUCUGCAUUAUCAUUCCUCUUCGCGCGACAAUACCACGAUUCCACACGUCGAUACACCACCCGAGGCACGGUCGCGAUAUGCAGGGACAGAGUCUCAAGGCAGCACUGGAGCCGCAACAUCAAUGUGGGACGAGCUGGACGAGCUGAAAUCAAGGAUGAAGCGACUGGAGUUGGGCGGGAAGAUACCAGCUACCUCUGGUGCCGCAGUAGCCCAAGCCUCCGCAGAGCGCCCGCGAACGGCGAAUACUUCAGCUACUACAGUGUCCUCGUCUCCAAAACAGCAGAGAAAACCAGCUUCAGCCGACUCAACGGUGCCACUUUCCUCGUCGAACAGGGUUCACCCCUUGUUGCAUGAGGCUUUGGCGAAAGCGAAGCAGUAUACCGCACCUGCAGUUUAUCGUGCUCUUGAAGACACGGCUAAAGAAGCACUCGCUUUGGCUGAGAUGGCGGGAAGCGGUGGUCCGCAAGGUACAUUCCACUCGACCAGUUCCAUCCUAGGCGGUCACUCCAUGCCUGACCGGCAAGUCCGGCGAAAAGCAGAUCACAUCUGUCGUAGUCUGACGGAACUCUGCGUUGAGCUAUACGACAACAAGCCCACCUUCGUAAGCCCGGCAGUACAGAGAACAUCAGCUGCAGCGGUAUCUCGUCGACCCAGUCUUCAAAUCAAUGGCGAGUCACCAACUAUUCGCCAAAGCAUCGAGCCCGAGAGCGACGUCCUCCCUCGAUCGAGUCCCAGCAGGGCCAUGAGUCGCAUUGAAGCGCGUCGAACCACUGUACUGGGCAAGCGCGGGGGAAGUCAAGAGCCACCGAACCCGUCUCAGUCCCAAGCUCCAUCCCGAUUGGACACUCGUUUAGACCGAUCUGGUACCAGUCUUUACCGUCGCCGUGAUCACGAACCGGAGGAUGACGAUCCGACCUUACGAGCACCUUCGCGGGCAAUGACCGACUUCCGGGAGAUCCGUGCUGCACACAAGCCGCGCUAUAGCAGAGAAUAUACCUCUCAAGAGCCUUUACCAGACUUACAGCCUUCGCCUGCUCUUCCGACAUCGACAACCUCGCGGCGAACUACUCUGACCGGAAACGAAAACAACCUGCUCUACCGGAACAGAGACAGUAUCACUGGUAGUUCUAGUCGUUACGGAUUCACUAGCCAGGCUUCUCCUGCGACGGAGAGACAUCCGGUGGCCAGGACCCAAUUCGCCUCAAAUAGGAACUCAAUAGGAGGGAGCUUCCCGCUGGGGCGUAGCGCUAGCCUCAGCCGGAGGCGCGUCAACGGAGAGUGA